CAUGGAAUAGCACUUACGUAUCACAUUGAAAGUUCCAUGAUAACGGCCGUAUGAACACAUCUGCAGAUGUUUCUACAAUCAAAAUCUUAAGUCGGUGGUCGGGGCGUGAACGGUAGCUUGCACUUUUCAGUUUCGCAAUCAAAUCAAAUCUGCAACUUUUUCAAUUUUGCCGGUUCGGACAAUCUUUAGGGUAUUUAAGUAUAUUUCAGCACAUAUGAUUUUUUGUUUAUUUUCGGUUGCAAAUAACUAUUAGAAUUGCUUCUUUUUCAGAAAAAGAAAAAGGUAUGUAGUUAACAAUAGAUAUAAAGUAAAAGCAUAAACUUCGAAAUCCUUUAAUUCAUUAAAUAUACAGUGAAUUUCUGAUAUAUACGAUAUUGUGAAUCGUAAACUUGAUAUAUAAUUGAAUAUAACUGAUGCUGCUAGUCUUCUAUAUAUCUUGAAUAUAAACAUACAUGGAAUUUUGUAACUUCUGCUUUAGUACUAGGAUGGACAGAAAUGUUAUUCUUUUUUUUUUCAGACAAAAGCCAUCAAACGUAAACAUAUACAAGUGAAAGAAGAGUUACUAAAAACAUUAAAUGAUGCUCAACAAGAACAACUUAUUCUUCAGGGAGAAAGAAGAUUAGGUGACAAUGGAUAUGGCAGUUCCGAAAUAAUGCAAGUUCCACAAGAUUUCUCGGAUGAUCCAUUUACAAUAAACCUUUAUAAGAAAGCACUUCAGGAGGGCAUGGAACUAGAUCACUCUCUUCGGGUAAACGUAGUUGGGAACUUUUGUCAGGGAAAGACUUCUCUCGUACGAAGGCUGAUCGGCGAGUCUAUAGACGAUGUUGAAAUGACAAAUGGCAUUGACAUCAGUCAGUAUCAUCUAAAACAUUCUGUAGAUGGCUCAAUUGUUUAUGAAAAAGGAAGUUUCUUCAAGGAUGAUCGUGAUUUUCUCAGCCGAAUUAUCUCUAUUGCCAAGUCUAUUGAAGCAAAAGAACGAGAGAGUGUCAGUGAUGACAAACACUACGAGAAUAUUGAUCAUGAUGAGGAAAAUGAUGAUGUAUUUAGAGGCGACAAGAUUGACAUUGAAUCAAGUGAGGAGCUGAAAUCAUUUUUACAAGAAAUUAAAUCUGGUAAAUUGUCCCUGAGAUCAGAUUUCACAGACGAGUUGUCAUUAUGGGACUUUGGCGGCCAGUAUAUUUUUUAUGCAACGCAUACAUUGUUUCAUAGUGCAAGGGCAAUUUAUUUACUCGUGUUUGAUCUUUCAUGCGGUUUGGACGAUAUUGUCAAGGACGAGAAAUUUCCUUCUGAAACAGGUGAUAGAACUAUGGAAUAUUUCUUAAAAUUCUGGAUGAAUUCUAUCCAUUCAUUUGUAGGGUCAAGAGAUGCCUCUCAUCCGCCUGUAAUUUUGGUAGGAACUCAUAAAGAUCAGUUACGUGGGACUGAUGAAGAAAAGCAAGAGGCUGCUAAUGUACAAUUCGGAAAAGUCAGAGAGCUGUUUGAUGAUACUGAUGUUCAGAAUCACAUUCAGUUUGAGGACUUUGCAAUUGAUAACACGAAUGAAGACGAUAAAGGAAUUAAAGAUUUGAAGAAAGAACUUUUAAAAAUUGCAAGGCGAGAUGAAUUUAAGAACCCCAUCCCAGCAAAGUGGAUACAUUUAGAAAAAUCAUUGUACAAGCUUCAAAAACAGAAAAUCAUAACUUUUGAGGAAGUGAUGAAAGAAGAUGCAAAAAAUGAAUUUCCAGUCGGUAACAAGGAAGGAGUAACACUUUUUUUGCAAUAUCACCAUGCUAGAGGCACGUUGGUAUUUUUCGACGAAGGAAGCAUUUCAAACUAUGUAGUUUUAGACCCCCAGUACCUGGUAGAUGCUUUUAAAUGUAUUAUCACAUCACAGAAUUUUUGUACAAAGGACUCCACGUAUCGGCCCUUAUGGAAUAAACUUACAAGCAAGGGAAUUUUAGAAUCUAAAUUAAUUGAUCAACAAUGGAGGAAAAAUGAUAAAAUGGAUUUCAUGAAGUGGCGUAACGUUCUCCUUGAAAUUCUAAAGAAGCAUUGUGUCAUUGCCGAAGCAUUAGAGUAUGACGAGAAGAACUGCACAUCUACAGGACUUGGCUGGUAUAUUGUGCCAAGUCUUUUAAAGGAUCACAGCUCUCAAAAUGUCAUUGACGAUUUCCUGAAUGGUAAAAGAAGGACAUUAGUUCGACUAGUCUACCAAUUUCAAGACUCUUCAGUUACAAAAGCUGAAUAUGAUCGAUUAAUAGCAACUUCAUUGGGCAUGUGCACUUGGUCGGUUGUAAUUUUUCGGAAGAAACAUUUGCUAUUCAAAAAUCUUGGAGUCUUUAGAAUUGGCAGCAAUCUCGUUGGAUUAAUUGAAGAAGUUUUGUCCGAACAGACAAUAGAAUUAAUGUUCGUCGCUCGGAGUGGUGAAAUUACUGAGGGACAAGGAGACGAGUUUCGGAGAUUAGCUGAGUCUGUUUUCAAUCAAUCACAGCGGCGAAGGGGCAUCGACAAUGUUUCAAAAACGUUUACAGUUAUGUGUAGAUGCAAUCAUGCAUCCCAUGGUAAAGAAAAGAGCAAGUUAAUGAAUAUGUCUGACUUGAAAACGAGAUCAGAGGUACCCUGUGAAGAUUAUGAAAACCACACUUUCAAAGUACAAGAGGCAGUUUCGGAAUGGUUUCUUCCUGAACGCAUUGAAUCAUAUGAUAUACCCGUAAUAGAACUUUCAGAAAAAGUAUUAAGUCGACUUUCACAAUUAGCAUUCAGUGAUAAUUGGGAAUUAUUGGGAGUAGAGUUAGGUGUUCAAGCAACAAAAAUCGAUCAUCUUAAAGAGGACUAUCGCACCACGCCGAUGAAGAUCUUUGAAAUGUUUCGAAUUUGGAGCCGAAAAUCGGGUGAUCAAGCAACCUUUCAAACACUUUUGAAAGCGUGCAAACAAGUGCCAUCUUUAAAGGUCAACUGGGAUGAGAUUAGAAACAUCAUGGAUGACAUUAACAAAGUGCAGAUUACUCAUUUUUGAAAAAAAAGAUAUGAUUGAUAUUUUGCUGAAUAAAAUCAGUAUCUAGCUUGCUAUUCUACACUGUUAUUAUAAAGAAAGAUUUUUGUUUUACUCAAAAUGGUAAUUCUAUUAUAACUUCAGUUUUGAAACGCAAAUAUGUAUACGUACAUGGAUUAACCUGUUGCGCAAUAUUAUCGUAAUAUUUUCGGAAAUUCACUUCAACAAGAAUAUCCGUUUCAAUUCUAAUUGUGUUAAUGUAUAAGCUCUCGCUGAAAUAAAGAACUAUACACGUAUACAUGUAUUCAAAAUGUUCACAGUGGUUUGAUUGGCUACGCUUCACAAUCUUCAUGUGACUAUACAAAAAAGCACGUAACUACUGUGUAGCAAAGCAAAGGGGCCACUGUUUGGUAUAUCUUAAAAUUAGAAAUAGUAAAAUAUUAAGCCUGAAGAAUAUAGUUUGGUGUUUCUAUACUUGUGGCAAACUAUAAGACUGUCCUGUAGAAGUUUGUAUCUUAAAGUGACGUUAUGGUCAUUUUUUCAUUGGCAGUGUGAGACUGUUAAAACGAUAAUUGACGGUGUUAUUCCCUGCGGUCUGGAGACCUCGGGGUAUUGGUACGCGUUUAACUUUUGAGGCAUGGAGGAGCACGUGACCUGUUUUCGGUACAUGGAGGAGCAUGUGAUCUGUAAACCGUACAUGAUUGGUUAAUUGACCUUUUCGAAAACCUGGCUAAAUACCGUUUGCCGGUACGUUACGGAUAAUCCUCUAGGGAAUAAGUCAGAAUUACACCUAAUUAAGAACAAAAAACUAUUACGUGAUAUUUUUAAUUUUCUAUAAUUAUAAUACCGUUUAAGGGGGGAAAACUUGAAUGAUGUGUUUGAAAAUUAUCAAUGUUUCUUUAAUAUGUAUCUCAAAAUGUUACAAACAAUAAAUUGUUUAUACUGAAAAUCUACAAAAUUAAAAUUUUCGUAGUGGCAUCUGCCAUAAUAAAUAGAGAUGUUUUCUGCGAAAACUUGUGUGUUUGCUUUUUUUUUGCUCGGAGUUAUUCAAAAAUGGUAGGCCUAUUUAAUAAUUUUCUUAACAAGAAAUAAUUGCUUUAUGUUCGACCUUCUCCGGUCAUUAACGGUCACCGGUUCCCAAAGACCUUCUUCUAUAUUGAUCGAUUAUUGUCAACUAUAUUCCUGAGACAAACGUUUAUUUAUCCACCCACCCAAACAAUGUUGUUCAGAUAGUUAAAUGAAAUAUCUUUAUAUCAUCAAAAAUAUUCCCCGCAGGAAACCAUUUU